AUGGCUUUCUUCCUCGCUUCCACUGAUCAUUUCACCAUGUUUUUCAUUCUUAUUUCAACAUUUCUUGCCAUUACUGAUGGAAAAUUUUCAGAACAAUACCCCGAAACAAAGGCUACUAAACAUGAUGAUAAGAUUUACCAUCUCCAUUUCUACUUCCAUGAUAUUGUGAGUGGGAAAAAUCCAACAGCCAUACUAGUUGCUGGUCAUAGGAAUUCUUUCGGCAGCACUGCGAUGAUAGACGACCCUCUAACUGAAGGGCCUGACCCCAGCUCUAAACUUGUUGGAAGAGCUCAGGGAAUGUAUGCUAUGACUUCUCAACAUGAUGGAAGUCUACUUAUGGUUUUAAAUUUUGCAUUCAAUGAGGGGAAGUUUAACGGAAGUUCGGUUAGUGUUCUUGGGAGGAAUCCGGUGCUUGAUGCAGUCAGGGAAAUGCCGGUAGUGGGAGGCAGUGGGAUUUUCCGUUUUGCUCAUGGCUAUGCACUGGCAAAGACAUACCAGUAUAAUAUUACAUCAGGGGAUGCUGUGGUUGAGUACAAUGUGUUUGUAAUGCAUCAUUGA